AAGGAAAGCGAAAGCAAAACUCAACUUUGGUGCAACAGCCGGCUCACCAGUGGCAAACACCACCAGACACAGCCAUGGCUCAGUUUCAUGGAGAACCCAAGCCUGGAGACCUGAUUGAGAUUUUGCACAUUGGCUAUGAGCACUGGGCCAUCUAUGUGGGAGACGGUUAUGUGAUCCACCUGACUCCUCCAAGUGACCUCCUGGGGGCCAGCUUCUCCAUCAUCUGCUCCGUUCUGAGCAGCAAGGCGGUGGUGAGACAAGAGCUCCUGCGGGACGUGGUGGGGCACUGCCGCUAUAGGGUCAACAACCACUUGGACCACAAGUACAAACCACAGCCUGUGAAAGUGAUCAUCUGUUCUGCGAAGAAGAAGAUUGGUGAGGAGAUGGAGUACAGGCUUCUGGGCAAGAACUGUGAGCAUUUUGUCACCGAUCUGAGAUACGGUGUGCCCCACAGCAGGCAGGCGGAACAUACCCUGAUUGGAGGAGGGGUGUCCCUGGGACUCGGCAUUCUAGGCAUGGUUGGCUACUCGCUUGUGAAGACAUGAUCCCAAAAGCAAUGACAGCCCGAAGGAGCCCCAAAUCCUUCAGCUGCAGAGACCAGUGGAGACACCCCAUGGCUCCUCUGUCUACCGGACCCUCAACCUCCAGCAACCUGUCGUUCUGUCUCUCCCUCUCCCUCUCUCACUGGCUGAAGGAUGGGCUAAUUGUGCCAAGACCAAUGAAUGAAGUAAAUAUAUCUUCAAGAAGGA